CGUUAGACCUGUGACACACCCUCAGGGGGAAAUAACUCUCUAUUAUAUGAAGCCCCGCUAGAGGGAGUUGAUCAAACAAGCAAAAAUGGCGACCAGGAACGAAUUUCUUCCAUCUCAUCUCUUCAAAUUUGACCAUUUGGAGGGCUAUGUCCAGACACAUCUCAAGAAUGUUUACAGUAGCCUGGCCAUCGGGAUGAUCUCGGCGGCUGUCGGAGCCUAUGUCCACCUGUUUACAGGCCUCAUGCAGGCUGGCCUGAUGACAAUGCUGGGCUCCAUUGGUCUGAUGCUGUGGCUGGCCUUCACCAAACAUGAGAAAGGGAACCAGGGCAAGAGGCUGGCCAUUUUCUCGGGCUUUACCUUCUGCAGUGGUAUGUCCCUGGGUCCUCUCCUGGACAUGGUCAUUGCUCUGGAGCCAAGCAUCAUACCGACUGCUCUGAUGGGAACGUUCGUCGUGUUCAUCAGUUUCUCCCUGGCCUCGCUCUACAGUGCCCGGGACAGGACAUUCCUCUACAUGGGAGGAUUCCUGAUGUCUGCCCUGUCCUGGAUGUUGAUGCUGGGUUUUGCUAACAUCUUCUUUGGCUCCACCCUGCUGUACGAGAUAAAUCUGUACGUUGGCCUGGCCAUCUUCUGUGCCUUCAUCCUGUACGACACACAGCUCAUCAUUGAGAAGCGUCGCCGUGGAGAUGAUGACUACAUCUGGCACAGUGUUGAUCUGUUCUUGGACUUCAUCCAGGUUUUCCGCAGGCUCCUUAUCAUCCUCUCCAAAAAGGAGGGAAAUAAGAAGAAGGAGAGGAACUAAUUUCGGUGAGGGAAGAGACAGAAUCACAUCUUUCAUGUUAAAUGUGGAGGUUCUUGAAAGGAACACACCUAUUUGUUUUUGUUUUUUAUUAUUCUAUUUCUCUUUUCAAAAUAGUAAAAUAGUUUAUUGAAGAAAAAACUAAGAAGAAGAAACUAUUCAUCAGAAGAAAUAUUAUCAGGAACAAUAUUUGAAGGUACAUUUCAAAAGAUAACUCUUUUACAUACAAAAAAGAAGCCAUAUUUCAAACAGAAAUAAGCAUGGUUAUGAGAAGUGAUGAGUGAUAUGACUGAAAGUGCUUUUGAGACAAACCACCAUUGAGAAGUGUGCCUUUGAAUUAUUUGUAACAUUUACUCAAGUCUUGUGAUUCAUGUAUUCUUCGUCUGAGAAAGCAGCUUUCAAAUGCUGUAUCUUUUCCAAGUACCCUCAAAGUAGAUGUUGGCAUGCCCUUAUUGUCAUGUAAUAUUGCACUUUGAUUGCAGCUGGAUUGUAUCACUGGAUAAUGAUAUUAUUUUUUGUGACACCACUAAGGCAACUCUUGUCCAACCCGUUUGUGUCUUUGAAUCAUCUUGUCCAAGGGUAAUGGAGUACAGGAUAUGUACAUGUUGCAAUAAUAUUAACCCCAUCUUGAUCAUGGAGAUUUGAAUGUUGUUGCCAACCUAAUUUCACUGGGAAGUGGGAAAGUGAUAGUAUCUGCUUUUCACAUGGUACACGUCAUGCUUGUUAAUGUUUUGUAUCCAAUUUGGACGCUCAGUAUAUGUCAAAGUGACACAAAGAAGAAAAUCUUACUCAAGUUACCAAGCUGUAAUUUAGAUAUGUAUUCUAGUUGUCCUACAUUUUCGUUCCACGCUGUUCUUUUUAAGUAAACGAUGUUGGUUCACUUCUUUCCUGUUUUUGAUGGUGUUCCUUACUGAAUUUCCCCCCGAAAUCUGUUAGUUCAUUAUUUACAUCCCCCUCAGUUUGAUGCGAUCGGUAUUUAGGGGGUUUUUUAAUUCAAUUUUUUUUUUUAAAUCUAGAUGUUGCAGCCUGUUGUGAAUAUUUUUUGGGUGUUCCCAAUUUGUUGUUUGCAAUUAUAUUAUAUAUAUAUAUAUAAUGUCAGUUACCUUGGCUAGCUUCACUGAUGUGUUUAAUCAGUUUUAGUACUAUAUAGAUUUGUGUUAAAGCAUCAUUGUAUGUAAGCAAAUAACCAGUUAUUAGGAAGCUGACAUUUUUGGAUGAUGAAUAAGUUUGCAAGAUGUCUGAAACAUCACUUUCAAGCUAAAGAUGACUGAGCAAGUUGUAAAUUCUUUAUUGAAGCGAAUGAUUGUUAUUAUAUAUUAAAUUGUGAUCAGUUUGUAUGUUUUUGUGUCAUAAUAGAGAGUAGUCAGCAUGCCUGAACUGUUCCAUUGUCCCAAGUUUGUAACCUUGUGUUGUUACUCUCAUUGUAUGUGUGAAAUUUGAACCAAUAAACUUUAUUCUAUCGUA